AACGGAGAUUAACCCUCCUCCUCCUCUCUUGUAUAUAUAAACCCGUCACGUCUCAUUCACAACUCACACAUCAAAAAAUACACACUUUACCACUUUCUUCUUCUCUUUACAUCACUGAUCUUUGAAGUUUUCUUCUGAAACGAUGGAGUUGGAUCUUACACCGAAGCUGCCUAAGCAAGUGUACGGAGGAGAUGGUGGAUCGUACUUCGCCUGGUGCCCGGAGGAGUUGCCGAUGCUGAAAGAGGGUAACAUCGGAGCAGCCAAGCUUGCUCUUGAGCAGCACGGUUUCGCUGUUCCUCGUUACUCUGACUCUCCCAAGGUUGCCUAUGUUCUUCAAGGAUCUGGAACGGCGGGGAUUGUACUCCCUGAGCAGGAGGAGAAGGUGAUCGGUAUCAAAGAAGGCGACUCUAUUGCUCUUCCUUUCGGUGUUGUGACAUGGUGGUUCAACAGGGAUAGCGAGCUUGUUAUCCUCUUCCUUGGUGAAACACACAAGGCUCACAAGAGAGGAGAGUUCACUGACUUUUACCUCACCGGCUCUAACGGGAUCUUCACCGGUUUUACCCCUGAGUUUGUCGGCAGAGCGUGGGAUCUUGACGAGGGGACCGUGAAGAAACUUGUGGGUUCUCAGACCGGUAAAGGCAUUGUGAAGCUGGACGCUGGUGUCAAGAUGCCGCAGCCCAGGGACGGGGACCGUGAAGGGUUUGUGUUGAACUGUUUGGAAGCUCCUCUCGAUGUUGACAUCAAGGACGGUGGGAGGGUUGUGGUGUUGAACACUAAGAACCUUCCUCUGGUUGGGGAGGUCGGGUUUGGUGCUGAUCUCGUUAGGAUUGACGCGCAUUCCAUGUGUUCGCCAGGUUUCUCUUGUGACUCGGCUCUUCAGGUGACUUACAUUGUUGCCGGUAGUGGGAGAGUUCAGGUUGUUGGUGCUGAUGGGAAGAGGGUUCUUGAGACUCAUAUCAAGGCUGGUUCUCUCUUUAUUGUUCCGAGGUUCUUUGUGGUUUCCAAGAUUGCUGAUCCUGAGGGCAUGUCUUGGUUCUCCAUUGUGACUAUUCCCGAUCCAAUCUUCACGCAUUUGGCUGGGAGGACAUCGGUUUGGAAGGCAUUGUCUCCAGAGGUUUUGCAGGCGGCGUUUAAGGUUGAUCCUGAGGUGGAGCAGUCCUUCCGUUCAAAGAGAACUGCGGACGCCAUUUUCUUCCCUCCUUCCAACUGAAUAAGGCGCAGAGAGGAGAACAAGAACCAGCUUUGUCUUUAGUUUCUUCCCUUGUUUUUUCUUUGCUUGUGACUCCCGGGAGUACGUAGGGUUUGCUUUUCUUCUUGUGUUUUAUCCUGGACCGGUUCUUGUUCUCUUUGUUGAUCUUUACGCUUUGUUAUUGAAAUAAAACAUUAUCAACACUA